AUGUUUCUAUUGAACGCUUUUGUCAACUUAUCGAAAAUCGAUGCUAUUCAACAGAAAACAGCUGAUACCAAUAAAGUAUCAUUGUUAAUUGAUAUGUGUGAUCAAUAUUCAAUUGUAUACGAUAUUUUAUGGGCACUUUCAUUCAAUCAUGAUAUUCAACAACAACUCCGUUCAAAUGCAUCAUUUAUGGCUAAAUUAGUUUAUCUACCAAAAGUCUGCGAUGAUCAACAAAUACGAAAAAUAACCUAUGGCCUAUUAUGGAAUUUAGAUACAAAUCAUACAGAUCGUCAAUUGUCAUUGAUUGAUAAUAAAGAAAAUUUUGAUAUUAUGAUUAGUUACUCGCAUAAAGAUGAAAUCAUUUGUAGACGAAUCUAUGAACAACUUGUCGAUGUUGGUUGGCGUGUAUGGAUUGAUUUUGAUCAAAUGCAUGGGAAUGUAAUGGACGCCAUGGCACAAGCUAUCGAACAAUCAAAUACAAUUAUUAUAUGCAUGAGCGAAGAAUAUCGAAAAAGUAAUUAUUGUCGAGCUGAAGCAAAUUAUGCAUUUCAACGUGGCACUAGAAUUGUUCCGAUUCUUCUUCAAGAACAUUAUCAUCCCGACGGUUGGUUAUUGUUUAUAGUUAGUCAAUUCAUUUUUGUAGAUUUUACUAGAUGUGAAUUUUCACAAGCCAUAGAAAUAUUAAUCAAAGAAUUAAAAGCACCAGAUAUCAGUGAAAUACGUGUUUUAAGUGUUACUUCAGAUGAAGAAGUUAAUGAAAUAAAUUCUUUCGUAACCAUGUCUCCAGAACCGUCGCCAUCGUUAGUACUUCCAAAAGAUAUUCUCAAUUGGACUCAAACUCACGUGCAGAAUUGGUUGAUUAGUAAUAGCUUGCUGCAAAUGUCUCGUCUAUUUGCUAAUUGUGAUGGUCAAAGCCUUAUGUAUAUGUCUGAAAUGCUAGAAAAUCUUCAACUUCAACAGGUUAUAUCUUUAUUGCAAGAGGACUCUCUUCGACGAACAAGUCAAAGUUUAUCAUUAGUUGAAUUCACAUAUUUUCGAUCGCCUUUGAAUCAACAAAAAGUAUGUUUGGAAUCUGGCACGAUUCCUAAAUCGUCAAAAUCAAAACGUGGUAAAUUACAAAUAAAAUCCUUUGCUUGCUGUCACAUACUUUAA